AUGGCGUACGUGCAGCCGCCGCCCCCGCCGCCGUCGGCGUCCACCGCCGCCGCGCCCGCCGCCAGCCCGGGCCCCAUCGCCGACUUCUUCCGCGGGCGCGCCGUGCUGGUCACCGGCGCCACAGGCUUCAUGGGCAAAGUGCUGGUGGAGAAGCUGCUGCGUUCGUGCCCCGAGGUGGCCACCGUCUUCCUGCUGAUGCGGCCCAAGCGCGGCCAGGACCCCGAGCUGGGCAUCGGCGCCACGGACCAGCGCAUCCUGGCCGAGAGCGUGUCCGUCGUGUUCCACGCCGCCGCCACCGUCAAGUUCGACGAGAAGCUGAAGCUGUCCGUGGCCAUGAACGUGCAGGGCACCAGCCGGCUGGUGCAGCUGUGCCACAGGAUGGCCAAGCUGGAGGCGCUCGUGCACGUGUCCACGGCCUACUGCAACUGCACGCAGGCGGAGGUGGAGGAGCGCGUGUACGCGCCGCCCGCGGACCCCGAGCAGAUCGCGCAGUGCAUCGAGUGGAUGGACGACGAGCUCAUCGACGGCAUCACCCCCAAAAUCUUGGGCGACCACCCCAACACAUACACGUUCACCAAGGCCCUGGCCGAGAACGUGCUGGUGUCGCAGGCCGGCAACCUGCCCGCCGCCAUCGUACGCCCCUCCAUUGUGACGGCGUCGUGGCGCGAGCCGCUGCCGGGCUGGGUGGACAACCUGAACGGGCCGACGGGGCUGCUGGCCGGCGCCGGGAAGGGCCUGCUGCGCACCAUGUACUGCCACCGGAACCUCGUGUCGGACAUCGUGCCCGUCGACAUCGCCAUCAACUUGCUGCUGGCCGUCGCCUGGCACACCGCCGUCAACAGGCCGAACGGCAUCGCGGUGUACAACUGCACGUCGGGCAGCACGAACCCGCUCAAGUGGGGCCAGAUCGAGGAGUACGGGCGCGAGUUCGUACGCAAGAUCCCGUUCAACGACGUCAUCUGGUACCCCGGCGGCAGCUUCAAGAGCAACCGGCUGCUGAACGCCGCCUGCCACGUGGCGCUGCACCUCGCGCCCGCCUACGCACUCGACGCCGCCGCGCGCAUCUCCGGACGCAAGCCCAUCCACAACUAG